AUGCAGCAACAACUAACGCUGCUGCAGCAGCAGCAACAACAACAGAAGCCGCUGCCCUCUGUGGCAGCAGCAGCAGCAGCUCCUGCGGCAGCUGCAGCUAGCCGCACGCCACGUAGCGACAGCAGUUGCCAGGGAACCUCCUAUACGCCUCUGUGUCAAACUCCCGAAAAUCAGCAUCAGGGGAACGGAACGAGAACCUCUGCAGCAGGGGCAGAUGGUUCGCUACAGCUGCAGCUCGAGGGUGGCUGUACACCUGAACCCUGUCCUCCUGCAGUGGCAGCAACCACUCCCACACCCGCUGCAGCUGCCUCCGCUGUAGACUCCGUUGUUCAGCAGGCCGCUUCCUUCGGCGAAAGCACUGCUGCUGUCAAGGAUCAACAGCUGCAGCAGCAGCAACAGCAGUUGCAGCAGCAGCUGCAGCAGCAACUGCAGCAGCAACUACAGCAGCAGCAGCAACAACUACAGCAGCAGCAGCUGCAGCAACAGCAGCUGCAGCAUGACGUUGCAGCUGCAGCAGAACAGAUGCCGCUCGAGCACCAGCUGCAGCAGCAGCAGCUGCAGCAGCAACUGGAGCAGCAGCAGCAACUGCAGCAGCUGCAACUGCAGCAGCAGCUCGAGCAGCAGCAGCACGACAUGGUAUCCAUGUACCAUGUCGCAGGGGGCGUAGAUGUCUCCUCGGCGUUGCUGCUGCAGCAGCAACUGCUGCUGCAGCAGCAGCUGAAGCAGCACCAUCAGCAGCUGCUGCAGCAAGACUACGGCGCAGGCGUCAAAGGGCUGCUUCUGCCGCAGGCGCAGCCACUCCUAACACCCCCUCCCCAUUCGCAGCAGCAGCAGCUUGAUCCGCAGCAGCAGCACGAUCUGGAGCAGCAGCAGCAGCAGCGAACUGCUCUCCCAAAGGUCGUUGGAGUGCGAUUUGACAAGGUGAACAAGACGUGGCGAGCCAGCUGGUAUGAUCCUCAAACGAAGCGUCGUGUCGAGCGCAAGUUCUCUGUCAACAAGUUAGAGUGCAGACAGCAGCAAGAGCAGCAGUUAGGCUUAAGAGAUCGCAGCAUCCGCAGAACGCCUGCCUCCCGCACAUUGCCUCCAGAUUUCCACGCGAAGUCUGAGCUUCCUCGUACUGGAGAGGUGUCUCGCGUCUCCGGAGAUGUUGGGCAGGGGACUGUAGCUGGAGGCGGAGGCUCCGCAGGAGUCGUCGAAGGCAGCAGUGUGGGGACGAAUGCUGCCAGUUCUGCAGCUGCUGGAGGGGGGGGGGCAGACGGCAGUGAAGCAGCGGGGGGAGAGGAGGCGGGCGGAGAAGACGACGACGAAGGCAGCGCUUCAUGGCUUCCUGGAUCGGAUUCGCGGCGGGGGGGCGGCUCGAGAUCUCAGCUUCGCAGACGAAGAGCGCCUAGCAGCAAAUUUUCUCCGGAUGCGGGAGUUUCUCUGAAGCGGCAGCGCAAGGCAAUCUUCCCGAGCACUGCAGCAGCAGGAGGCGCAGCAGCGGCGAAUGCAGCAGCAGCGAAUGCUGCGUCGGUGACACCUGGUCGGGGAGGAGGCGCCGCUGCGGGGACGGCUGGUGCGGCGGGAGGUGUAUCGACAGUCCUCGAUCCGGCAGCAGCAGCAGCUGCAGCUGCUGCUGCUGCUGCUGCAGUGGGGGGAAGCCACCCCUGCGGCAUGGGGCAGCUGCUCGCUGCGGGAACGGAGUAUUUGGACGGCUCGAUCGGUUCUUUCUUGGAUGCGUAUAUCAGGGGAGAUGCAUGCGGCGUCAACUUUGGACUGCAGCUUCCGAAGCUGCCUGAAGAUGCGGCAGCAGCAGCUGCAGCAGCUGCUGCUGCCGCAUCUUCAGGCAGCGCGCGAGGCAUUCCCCCCAACGCCGCUGCAGCAGCAGCCGGUCCAGCUGCUGCGGAGGCAGCAGCGGCAGCAGCUGCUGCUGGCUCUCUCUUGAAUCCGAACAGACAGCAGCAGCAGCAGCAGCCGGGAGCAGCUGCGCCAGUUCUCGUCGGCAGGUUGCAGCAGCAGCAACAGGCGUUGGCAGCAGCUUCUUCGGCUGGCGUUGAUGGCAAGGAUAGAGAUGCCCAGCAGCAGCAGCAACACAAGCUGCAGGGUGCCGUUGACAUGCCGCAAGGCUUUCCAGUGGACGGCUUAGGCACGGAGAAUAGCGAGGCGAUAUCCGGUGCACCUUUUUUCACGGGAGCCUCUCCCUUUGCGUCACUUCUCGAGCUCGCCUCUGUGAACAAGUUUGGCGUGCCUGUUGAUGGUUUUGGCGCCUUAGGGCCCCUUCCUGCAGGCAACCCAGCCUUCCUGGGUGCUCCUUCUUCUGACGGGAGUGGCAUGUUUAUGCAUCUCAUGACUGCUCCGCAGCUUGCCGCUGCUGCAGGCAAUCCGCAGAAUGCAGCGGCUGCAGUGGCGGCUGCCGCAAGUCUCGGUGGCGCUUUCGGAGGCGGGGGGGGAGGGGGGGGGCCCCCCGGCGCGGCUCCGCCCGGGGGGGGGGGCCCCCUUGGCUUGCUGCAGCAGCAGGCAGCAGCAGCACCGGGAGCAGACAGCUUAGGACUGUACAAGGAGAUCGUGAUCUUUCUCCUCUUCUCCCUGCGCAACUUCCUGGAAACUUCGCUGUCUGCCGCGGCGGCAGGCAUCCCCGCCAUCGGCGGAGGUGGCGCUGCCGCUGGCGCCGCAGCGACACCAGCAACAACGACCCCACCACUGCCGGCGGGAGCAGAGCAAGGAGCAGAGCAAGGAGCAGGCUCCUCGGGCUUUGGAAUCGCACGUCUUGUUUGUAUUCCACUCCGCGCGUUUGAAAGAACUUGUAUUCUACCUGAAUCUCCUGUAUCCCUCGAUUGCGAAGAAGCAGCUGCUGCAGCAGCUCCCCCACGCGCAGCUCAUGCGGAUCAUCAAAGUGCUGCUCGUUCAAAGGCAGCAGCAGCAGCUGCUGCUGCCGCUGGAUUGGGGCCCCCUGGUACAGCGCACGAACAGCAGCAGCAGCAGGGCGAUCUCGCAGCAGCUGCAGCGGCUGCAGCUGCUGCCUCAGCGCUCGGGGGGGGCGGAGCAGGCUUGCAACAGCAGCACAUGGCUGCAGGAUUGCUGCCUUUCAGUCAGAGCCUCGUCGGCGUGUCUCCUGGAGCCUCUGCUUUUGGAAUCUCUGGCGUACUUCCUCUAGACGCAGCAGCAGCAGCGGCGGCAACUGCCUCUCCUGCAACCUCCGUGGCUGUCUCCCACGGGCAGUCGCCUCCUGCAAACAACGGUUUGCUCGAAGGAGCCUCCGGAAGUGGCGCUUCAGCAGCAGUCUCCGACUUGCAUGCACAGGACGGCCCCUCUUCGCGAUCCAAGUCGGCUGUCACCGCAGAGGCGGCUUCAACGACCUUCACCACUCCCAUUCAACAUGUCGAGAAACUGCAGCAAGUGACGGCAGACAUGACGGCUCCAGGCGCAUCGCAAGCGAGUGAACGCACCGCUGAAGACACCGGAGACGAGAUUCCAGCUGCUGCCUAA